GCGACCUUGCCUAGUUGAUUCAUUCCCGACUGGUCGUGUCCUCACUGCUCUGCUAGUACUUUGUCGAGCCUUCCUAGAAUAUGAUCUUUCUUUCUUCUCACGCAGACCAUUAAGAAAGCAACGAAGCAACCGCAUUGAAAUCAACUAUGGCAAUAUUCUCCUCGUCCAUUUCGACCUCAGCGCCCAGCUCCUCCUCGUCUUCUUCGAAAAACACUACUGAAAAGCGGAAAACCACCACCACCACUAGUACUCCCAAAAUAAAUCAAGAGCGUCACGACCAAAAUAAACAGCAGAACGGGAAGAUGCAGAAUAGAAGCUCCUCCCCUCCCAGGAAGCUCUUCCCUCAACUCGUGUACGAGAAAGUGAAGCAGGUCCCUAUAACCCGCUCAGGUGUUACAAUCUCAAACGUUUGCAAUAUAAUAUGGAAAUCUGUGAUGCAAGAGUGCAGGAUCUAGCCAACCCUCAUAGGAUUGCGCAUGACAAGUUCCGGAGCCCCAAAAACCACUACAAUCUGGCGAAAUUUGUAUUGCAAAAGGUGGAGCGCUGUGCGAGUCUGUCAUGCUCAUCAUGCAACACAAAUUCCAGAUUCUAUUGUAACGUUUGAGAUUGUAACGCUUGAGCAAGUCAUAGUCCCCGCUGGAAAAGUUACCACCUACAAGGACGUUGCCGUCGCGCUCAAACUCCCCAACCACGCGAGACACGUCGGAUUCGCCAUGCUAUGGAUUGCAAAAAUGUCUGGGUCUGGAAGAUUGCAACUUGUCAUACUAAAUCCGAACCAUGCAAAAGUCUGUGUUGCAUGAGUGCCAAAAGUAGCUGUCCACUUUCGACCAAGUUGGGAGGGAGUUUCUCAUGCAGGAUAGGCAUGAAAGAGACGUCGCAGACUCUGUCGUGCUAGGUGCCGCAUUCCAGACCUCAAGAGUCAUGGAAAACCUGCAUGACAAGUUCACACUCUUCCAGACCCAGACACUUUUGCAUUUCAUACAUGCGGGACUGCGAUGUGAACGACGUGCCCUGGUGGCGGUGUGUGAACAGCAGCGGCGGAAUCUCAUUGAAGGGCGGCGCGGUGGUGGAUGAGAAGGUCAGGGAGGCGGAGAAGGUGAAGGGCAAGGCGAUAGCAACUUCGUCCGCUGAGAACAAGAAGAUGAAGGUAGAAAAAUCGGUUCGGAAGUCCAAUGACAAAAACAAUAAAACCAGCAAAGACAUCAAGGCGGCAAAGGACAAGCCAAGCUCAAGCAAAGCAAAGUCUGCCGGCGGGGAUGAGAACGCAGGAGGAGGGGGCGAAGGCACCAUGUCGGCAGCUCUACUUCAGAAAAAGAAACUCGCGGCGGAGGGACACACGUUUUCCGGAAAGACGAUUGUCGAGUUUGGAAGCGCCAGAUGGGUAUUCGCGAAAGAUUAAGAUAAAUAAAGCGACAGAUAAUUGAUGGAGAGCGUUUUCCAGUGGGAUCAAGAUUGUCUACUGCUGGGGCGGUGCGAAGCCCGACCGCUUUCAUCGCAUCUACCGUGGUAACAGGUCCAUCUUGCUGUGCAUCAGGUGGUUCCUGUACUGAAAUUUGUAUCUGAAAUAUGUUCUUCUUGUCGCAGUCGCAAAAUAAACGGGCCCGAGUUAUUUGGAG